AUGUUACACAGUUCCGCAGAAGGAGACUACCACAGUCGAUUCGCGAUCUCGAUUCUUCGACGUCGAACGAAAAAUGUCUUGGCGAGCUCGAUGUUUGGAGCACUGCAGUCCGAUGUGCUACGCAAUGGAUAUGGAACUCAAGAAAAUAACAUCCCACAUGAUUUUGAACCAACUCCUGUUGAAAUCAAUUUGCUAUUCUUUGUGCGUUAUGUUCCUCCGUCGACGGAACCAUUGAAGAACAGAAAAGGGAAAAAACCAGUGAAGGAAAAUAAUGUAGCAAAAAGACCAUUACUAUUGGACAAUUAUGCAGAUUGUGACGAUGAAUUUUGGAAAUUGUGGGGAAAGAAGAUGAGGGCGGUAUUUGUGGAGCAUAGACUUUUAAGAGGUAUUGACAUGAAUUGGGAAUUUUGGUCAAGUUUACUUGGUAUUGGCUCUCUAUGGUUGCUCUCUGAGUCGUCCCUGCUCAAGGAAAUAAGUCCGUCGAAUGGUAGGUGGACGGUUAUUAAUCCUGAAGGCACAACUUUGGAAGAUAGGAAACAACAUUAUUUGAGGUGUAUAGUAGUCGGGAUGGUUAAUGGACCACAAUGGAAGGAUAUUGAUCGGGUUUUAAUUCCAAUCAACAUACCGCAACUACAUUGGUGUUUGGCUGAUUUGGAUCUCCUUACAUGGAAACUGAACAUAUAUGAUUCAACUGAAUGGUGUGGUUUCUUUAAGAAAUAUGCGGGUGACGGUAGUUUCAAAUCAUUAGGAGAUACUAUAUUAUGUGAACUAGACCACAUAUCAUAUUGUGCCCAUUUUCCCAAUAGAUAG